AAAUGUCAUUGGCACGCCUGACACGUUCUUUUUUUUCCCAUUGGACGGUCUUGAAGACGUUUUAUUUUUUUCAUUGGUUGGGAGAAAUGGCGGAAAAUUCCCAUUGGCACUGUGAGGAAAAUGGCUUACGAGCAUCAAAUGCCACUUAUCUCGAAAUAAAAAACAAUUUAAACAUAUCGAAGUUCAAAAUAAACGACGCGGACUUUAUCCGACACAGCAUAUAUGCCAUUUAUCCCUAACAUUCCUAAAAAUCUCCAUCGAUGUAUAUCGCAACUUGGAAAGCGUCGCCUGGGGCCGCGGGUCUGUUGCUAGGCAGAUUAUGUUAAUAUAUGCAAGGCAGCCAUCUCUGCAGCUACCAUUCAGAGGGAAGACCCACUUCAACCUUUUCCUAAAAAUGAUGAAAACUCUCGGGAAAUCCACGCCCGAAGCUUAAGCGCGGAUUCAGGAUCGUCUCUCAGUGGUUGAUGAGCGGUGGAUAGGUGGAGGAGGUGUUCGGUCACUAUGGAGGCCAAGCAGGAGUCCUCACCUGUGUGGAGUACAGCACCCAACAGUGACACUGGAAAUACACCUCAGGUGCAUUUUGAGACCAGUGCGGUGGCUCAGAUCGUGUACAGUGGAGAGCAGUCUGACCGCGCUCAGCAGCAGGUUGUCUAUGCUGCAGACGGAAGCUCCUACACCUCCGUCGAGUCGGCCGAACACACACUGGUGUACAUACACCCAGCCGACGGAACGCAGGCGGUGUUUACAGAUCAGCCCCAAGUGGCCUACAUUCAGCAAGAUGGCACAACACAACAGGUGACUGUCUUGCUACCCAGCGGUCAGAACAUGAACACUGCAAAUCUGCACGUACUGAGUAAUGUAGCUGAUGGCCCACAGGCGAUCCUGGAACCUGUGACACAGAGCCAACUUGCUGUGACUAAUGCAGCCCUUCCCAACAUGCCGGAGGCCUCGUCGAGUCCCCUGGGGGCCACCGAUUCUACUGUGGAUUCAGAGGAUGAGGAAGAAGACAACGAUAGUGACGAUUCUGAAAUGGACGACUGGGAACUCAGGACGCCCCAGCCGUUCACCCCUCAGAACCUCUGGUGUGAAGACUGUAAUAAUGCUAAUCCUGGAGCAUGUCUAAAACACGGCCCUCUGCACCCCAUCCUCAGCCGCCCUGUGAUGUCCAAGGCUCGGGCCAGUCUUCCUCUCGUCCUGUAUAUCGACCGCUUCCUGGGCGGAGUCUUUACCAAGAGGCGUAUCCCCAAACGCACACAGUUCGGUCCUAUAGAGGGGCCACUGGUGCCACAGAGCCAACUGCAGGACACGCACAUCCACCUGAAAUUAUACAUGCUAGACCCAGAAAAAGAAGGCGAGAGGGCAGAGGACCUCUGGUUUGACCUGACCGAUGAAGAGCGAUGUAACUGGAUGAUGUUUGUCCGGCCGGCCCAGAAUCACCUGGAGCAGAACCUGGUGGCUUAUCAAUACGGGUCGGACAUUUUUUACACCACCAUUAAGAACAUACAGCCCAAACAGGAGCUUAAGGUGUGGUACGCUGCAUCAUAUGCCGAGUUUGUCAACCAGAAAGUUCAUGAUGUCACAGAUGAAGAGAGAAAAGUUUUACGUGAGCAGGAGAAGAACUGGCCGUGCUAUGAGUGUAACAGACGGUUCAUGAGCUCAGAGCAGCUUCAGCAGCACUUAAACAUGCACGACGACAAGCUGAACCUCAUCCAAAGGCCAAAGGGCCGCGGCCGAGGACGGGGCAGGAAACGAUUCGGUGCUGCAAGGCGACCAGGACGACGUACGAAAUUCAUCUGUCCACAGACUCCUGUUGAGAGUGCUGACAAAACACAGGAUCUUUUAGCAUCUGUAGAUAAACUACCAUUUGAGGAGCGAACGGACGGAGCUCUUAAUGGGCUGAAGGUGGUGGAAAUGGCAGCUGAAUCGAUGGAGACCGAGAUGGAAGAAGGGCUUGAUACCCCAGCAACCCCCAUCGAGGCACUGCAAGAGGAGGGGGAUUCGGUCACCCCACCUCCAACCACAGAAGUCCCAGGGUCUGCCAAAGAGGACCUGUCUCAGACAAGUCCCGAAGACCCCCACCUCACACCGCAGGACAUGAGGAGGGCGAGGAGGAUUAGGGUGGACUUGCAGAAUGCCGCUCUCCAGCAUCUAUUCAUCCGUAAGUCCUUUCGACCCUUUAAAUGUUCUCAGUGCGGGAAAGCCUUUCGAGAUAAAGACAAGCUGGACCAGCACAUGCGAUACCACGGGCGGGACGGCUGCCGUCACAUGUGCCAUCAGUGCGGUAAGGGCUUCCUGUCGAACGCUGCGCUUGAGGAUCACCUGCAGUUGCACUCUGAUCAGCGCACCUACUCCUGCCUCUUCUGCGCCGAGUCCUAUGACAGAUUGGACCUGCUCAAAGCGCAUGUGGAGGUUCACCUGGUCAACGGCUGCUUUUCCUGUCCUUCCUGCAAGAAAACCUUCACAGACUUCAUACAGGUUAAGAAACAUGUGAGAAGUUUCCACUCAGAGAAGAUCUUCCAGUGUUCGGAGUGUGAAAAAGCCUUCUGCAGGCCUGAUAAACUACGACUCCACAUGCUUCGCCACUCUGACCGCAAGGACUUCCUGUGCUCCACCUGUGGAAAACAGUUUAAGAGGAAGGAUAAACUACGGGAGCACAUGCAGAGGAUGCACAACCCUGAACGCGAGGCCAAAAAGGCGGACCGCAUCCAUCGCACCAAAGCUCUGAAACAGAAGGAGCCCACCACUGACUUUGAGAGCUUCAUGUUUAAAUGCAGACUCUGUAUGAUGGGCUUCAGGAGACGAGGGAUGCUGGUGAAUCACCUUUCUAAACGACAUCCUGAGAUGCGAUUGGAGGAGGUUCCUGAGCUGACGCUGCCCAUCAUUAAACCCAACAGAGAUUACUUUUGCCAGUACUGUGAUAAGGUGUAUAAAAGUGCCAGUAAGAGGAAGGCCCACAUUUUGAAGAACCACCCCGGGGCAGAAUUGCCCCCCAGCAUCCGGAAGCUGCGUCCGGCCGGGCCGGGAGAGCCUGACCCCAUGCUGAGCACACACACGCAGCUGACCGGCACCAUCGCUACUGCACCAGUGUGCUGCCCACACUGUGCCAAACAGUACAGCAGCAAGACAAAGAUGGUUCAGCACAUCCGUAAGAAGCAUCCGGAGUAUCAGUACACCAGCAGCAGCAGCAUCCAGGCACCACUGGCCGCUACCGUCAUCAGCAGCACUCCCGCUGUCAUCACAACAGACGGCGCUACUGCAGAGGCCGUGGUGACGACCGAUCUGUUGACCCAGGCCAUGACAGAGCUGUCCCAGACCCUGACCACAGACUACCGCACAGCACAAGGGGAUUUCCAGAGGAUCCAGUACAUCCCAGUGUCUCAGGCAGGAGGAGGCCUGUCACAGCCACAGCACAUACAGCUGCAGGUGGUGCAGGUGGCUCCGGCGUCCUCUCCUCACUCUCAGCACUCUACAGUAGAUGUGAGCCAGUUACACGACCCUCACAGUUACAGUCAGCACUCUAUUCAGGUUCAGCACAUCCAGGUGGCUGAGCCCACGGGGACGGUGCAGGCCAAUGCACAGGUUUCAGCUCAGCCUCUAAGUCCUUCCUCUCAGCAAGCGGCUCAGGAGCUCAGCACCGCCCAGCUGACCCCUGUGACCCUUGCUCAGGGCCAGACUCUACAGACGUCCACCAAUCAGACGCAAGGUGCUGCACAGCAUGCGUACCUACCCAGCACCUGGAACUACAGGAGUUAUCCAUCCGAGAUCCAGAUGAUGGCUCUUCCUCAUACUCAGUAUGUGAUAGCAGAGGCCAGCACCCCCGUCACUGCGGCCGUCAACAGCAGUCAGGUCAAAACGACACAUUAUGUGAUCUCAGAGGGACAGACGGAGCUGGAUGGUAAGCAGCUGAGCGUCCCGUCCACCGCAGCGCAGGUUCACCCCGACCCACUGGAGCAGCCGGCCGUCAGUCAGCAGACCACUACGCAGUACAUCAUCACCACCACCACCAACGGGACAGGGGCCAGUGAAGUUCACAUCACCAAACCCUGACCCUCCGUUACACAUGAAGAAACUGAUUCAUCAUCUUCAGCUGCAGAGUUACUUUAAAUGAACAGAUUUCUGAUUUAUUUUCUUGAGUUAAAAAGAUGAACUCAAAUAGUGAAGAUGUUUUUGUAUGAAAUAAUAAGAACACUGGAGUGGUUAACUGUGUUUCUCUAGACACCCAAAAACACCUAAUUGUGUAUUUUUUCAGGAACUAUCAUGACUUUUAACCUGUGACAUCUUGCUGUUUAUCUUCAUUUUGGUCUAUUUGCCCCCCCCCCUUUUUUUAUUUUUUAUUCAGUAAAGUAUUGAAAGAUUUAGCAUUUUCAUAAUUAAGACUGAUGAGAGACCUUUAAAAGGAUUUCUUUUAUAUUAGUAUUUCUUUGUUUCCCCACAAUAAAAGGGGUCAAGCGCUGUGGAUCCUAACUUUUACUGGCUUUUGUUUGAAUAUAUUUGGAAAUCUUCAAGUAAAAUUUGGCACAGCCGCAAAGCCUGUAAAAAUACUGCCUUGAUGAGCAGGCAGAUCUUAUAAAAGAUCACAUUUUACCCCAAAAUCCAAAGAGAGAAUUAAAAUUUGCACAGAGAAUGUGAACCUUUGUGACUUAAUUUUUGUGACUAUUAAGCGUUGCAAUUAAAAUUAGCUUGAUUGUCAUGAACAUAAUGUCAUAAUGCAAAAAUAUUAAUAUUCCUAAAAUAAAAACAGACUUAAGCUUCUUAAUACGAAAUGUAUUUUCCUGUGGUUUUGGAGUGGAAUAUGACCUUGACAUUUCAUUUCAAGAAUCUAAGAUCAAUCUCAAAAUUGCAUUAUUUUGAUAAAGCAAAACUUCCCAGAUCAGAUCGUCCAUGCCCACAUCAGCUCCCUAGAAAAUGAGAGCAAACCCCAAAUUAAUGCUUUUACUUAAUAUAUUUACUAUAAAUAAUUAAAAUAUGGUCCACUGAAGGAGUCACCUGCCAGAACGAGGUUCAGAUGAAGGUUGAACUCUAUACCCCACAAAAAUCUUCUUAAAGAGUCCUCAUAUUAUUCUGUGUUAUCUGUUAAAAUGACUGGAAGGUCUUGUGUAUUUUAUGUAACUUGUGUUUAUGGACAUACUAGUAUUUAUUUGGGUUUUGCACAUCCAUCAGUGGAGCACUGUUGCAACUUUAUAACCCGAGAAAGGGAAAUAUAUCCAGCAUACACUAUUUAUACUGAGACAAACUUGUACAAUGUAAAAAAAAAUCCGUACUAUGAGUAUUGUAAUUAUUGAUGGUUUAUGUACAGUAAUGCGCCUCAGUGUCUCUGGGUUGGUGUCUCCUGUUGUUCCUAUUGAUCGGAAAUAAACGUCCUUUUGUACACCA